GCAGCUCACUUUGGAUGCGCUGGAACAGAUCUCGUGCGUUUAUUUGUCACAUGCCUAAGCGGAAAACACCGACGAGCACAUUGGGAAGAACUCUUGGAAGUCUUUUAUGGAUAUCUCCUAGAAGAACUUGGCGGUAGAAAAGUGCCAUAUUCGCUUGAACAGGUAAUGGGUCAGAUUAAACUUGAAAUGGAUGGAGCAUAA